GCCACCUCUGCGGCGCCCGCCUCCGCCGUCUUCCCACAGGCCUCGGGGCUCGCCUCCCAGUGCCGCCGGUUCCUGCGUGGCAGAUCCCCGGCUCUGCGGCGAGAUGACACUGAAGUCGAGCGAGGGCGAGGGUGGGGGCAGCAUGCGCACGGCGCUCUCCGACCUUUACCUGGAGCACUUACUGCAGAAGCGCAACCGGCCCGAGGCUGUGUCGAAGCAGUUGAAUGCUGUAACUGAGGACAUGUACACCAAUGGGUCCACAGGCUCGGGUAACCCUGCCCAGGCUAAGGGGCAGGAGUUGAGGAAAGUGCGUCUCAUACAGUUUGAGAAGAUCACAGAAGAGCCCAUGGGAAUCACUCUGAAGCUGAAUGAAAAACAAUCCUGUACUGUGGCCAGAAUUCUCCAUGGUGGCAUGAUUCAUAGACAAGGCUCCCUUCACGUAGGAGAUGAGAUCCUAGAAAUCAAUGGCACAAAUGUGUCUAAUCACUCAGUAGACCAGCUACAGAAAGCAAUGAAAGAAACCAAAGGAAUGAUCUCAUUGAAAGUAAUUCCCAGCCAACAAAGUCGUCUUCCUGCACUACAAAUGUUCAUGAGAGCACAGUUUGACUAUGAUCCCAAAAAGGACAAUCUGAUCCCUUGCAAAGAGGCAGGGCUGAAGUUUGUUACUGGAGACAUUAUCCAGAUCAUCAACAAGGAUGACAGCAACUGGUGGCAAGGGCGAGUGGAAGGAUCCUCCAAGGAGUCUGCAGGAUUGAUCCCUUCCCCGGAGCUGCAGGAAUGGCGAGUGGCAAGUGUUGCUCAGUCUGCUCCAGGUGAAGCCCCAAGCUGCAGUCCCUUUGGGAAGAAGAAGAAGUACAAAGACAAGUACCUGGCCAAACACAGCUCAAUUUUUGACCAGUUGGAUGUUGUCUCCUAUGAAGAAGUAGUUCGGCUGCCUGCAUUCAAGAGGAAGACCCUGGUGCUGAUUGGAGCCAGUGGGGUGGGUCGCAGCCACAUUAAGAAUGCCCUGCUCAGCCAGAAUCCAGAGAAAUUUGUGUACCCUGCCCCAUAUACAACGAGGCCACCCAGAAAAAGUGAAGAAGACGGGAAGGAGUAUCACUUCAUUUCAACAGAGGAGAUGACAAAGAGCAUCUCCGCCAAUGAGUUCUUGGAGUUUGGCAGCUACCAGGGCAAUAUGUUUGGGACCAAAUUUGAAACCGUGCACCAGAUUCAUAAGCAAGACAAAAUUGCCAUCCUUGACAUUGAGCCCCAGACUCUGAAGAUUGUUCGGACAGCAGAACUUUCACCUUUCAUUGUUUUCAUCGCGCCUACUGACCAGGGCACUCAGACUGAAGCCUUGCAGCAGCUGCAAAAGGACUCUGAGGCCAUCCGCAGUCAGUAUGCUCACUACUUUGACCUCUCACUGGUGAAUAAUGGUGUUGAUGAAACUCUUAAGAAGCUCCAAGAAGCCUUUGAGCUGGCGUGUAGCUCUCCACAGUGGGUGCCUGUCUCCUGGGUCUACUAAACUUGCAGAAUGGGAAACUAUAACCCUUUCACCAACAUUUGGAAUGCCAUUCCCCUUGCUUUAAAUCAAACAGGGCUGCUUCAACUAGUUGUGUCAGAUUCUGUCUCUCUAACUGUCCUUGCUCAAGCUCCUGAAGGGCAGGGCCCUACCGAUCUGGAAUUCAAAAGUAUCUCUGGAAAUGUUAGUAUAGAAAUGAAACUGCUAAUCAAUGAUACACAAAUAAAGCAAUGGCACCUGUCCUUCUGAAGCCUGAACUCUUCACCUUCAACUCAGCAUCUUUCCAUCUUCUUUUCCUUUGAAUCAAAUAUCUUUUGCAACUUCCUAAAAUGCCAAAAUGAAAGCUGUGCAAUAGACUGUUCUAGGGAAACCCUCAAAAGCAAUAAAAAUACGUCUUAAAACACCAA